AUGUCGGAAUCCGAAAAAUUGACGUGUGUAUGCGGUAAAAAACGAGAAAAUCUGAAUAUUACAAAUUGGAAAAGACACCUGGACAAUUGUAAGCAACGUAAAACAAAAAUUAAUUCUCGAAGCAUUACUUCAUUUUUUAAUAUACCGAAACCGAAGAAAGUAUGUAUGGAUACCGAUACAAUUCGUUAUCCUUAUCCAACUUCAGAUGCGUUCAUAAAUGAUUCAGGUUCUAGUGUUCAUGAGCAAAUUAAGCAAAAAGACAUGAUUCUUACUUCCAGUUCUUUAAAUAAAAACGUUUUGGACUCUGUUGUUGGUAAUAAAUUUAGUCAAAUCGCAAAAAAAAUUGAUCAAGAUAGUGGUAAUUGUUUUAAUAAAAAUGUUUUGGACUCUGUUGUUGGUAAUAAAUUUAGUCAAAUCGCAAAAGAAAUUGAUCAAGACAGUGGUAAUUGUUUUAAUAAAAAUGUUUUGGACUCUGUUGUUGGUAAUAAAUUUAGUCAAAUCGCAAAAGAAAUUGAUCAAGACAGUGGUAAUUGUUUUAAUAAAAAUGUUUUGGACUCUGUUGUUGGUAAUACAUUUAGUCAAAUCGCAAAAGAAAUUGAUCAAGAUAGUGGUAAUUGUUUUAAUAAAAAUGAUAUGAAUUCUAUCAAUACUGACAUGGAGACUGUCGAUAUCGAAGUGGAUACUGAGAUGGAGACUGUAGACAUGUUCAGAAAUGACCCAGUACAUUUUGUCAAGUUAAAACAUAUAACACCGGAAAUUAGAAGUUUAAUAUUAGAACUAGGUCCUUGUCAACCACUGUCAAAUGAUCUUCCAGGAAAGAGUUUUCCUAAAAAUGGUUCAAAAGAAAAUAGAAGCUUUAAAGAAAUAUACUAUUACCGGAUUCUUCCUGACAAAACAAAAUGUCUCCGCGAUUGGCUGUCAUAUUCUCCAAGCAAAAACAAAAUAUAUUGCAUGCAUUGUUUUUUAUUUGGGACAAAUUUGCACAAAAAUCUAGAGAAAUCAUGGACAAAAAAUGGAUUAGACUCAUGGAAAAACUUGUCUUCCGGAAUAGAGUAUCAUGAACUUACAAAUGAUCACAUAAACGCCACAUUAAAGUAUAAACUUCGAAAGACUUCAACUCCAAUUUUGCCUAGUUUGGAAUAUCAGCGUAAAAUUGAAGUCGCAAUGAAUCGACAACUAUUCGACAUAUUAGAAGUAGUUACAAGACAAUUUCAAACACAUGAUAUGGAUAUUUUAUUGGCAACAAAUAUUGUAACUAAAACAAUUAAUUCGAUUAGAAAAUUGAGAGCAAAUAAUUCAUUUGAGGAAAUUAUAAAAUUAACAGAUAGUUUUAUCAAUGAGAGUGACACAGAUUUUAUACCAUUAAAAAAUAUCAGACCUAGGCGUGUUCCAAUUAAAGCAGGUGAACUAAUGCAAUAUGAUCCUAUUGUUUGUCCAAUUAAAAAGUUUGAGGUAGAAACUUACAAUGCUGUAAUAGAUAUGACUCUAAAUGAAUUGAGUGACCGGUUUGAAACCACAAAUAUUGGACCAUUAAAAGACAUAGCAUUGCUCUCAUAUCGUAGAAUACAAGAAGUGCACAAUGAUCCAACAAUGACACCAAAAGAUUCAUUUAUAGAGUUAUGUGAGGUCUAUUCAAAAAUUAAUAGAGAUUGUUUGAUUUCUGAAUAUAUGCAGUUUUGUAAAAAUUUAAAUGAAUUUGAAAAUAACUUAAAUUUACCAAAGUUUUUGCAUGAUGUUAGUAAUAAUAAAUCAAGUAAUGAUGAAGAUGAAAAUGAUAAUAAUGAUGACAACAUUUCUAUGCUUGAACUAAAUACGUAUGAUGAUUUAAAUGAAACUUCGAAUGAUAAUGAUCAAAGAGCAAUUAAAAACAUUGGGAGUACUAAAAAAUUUUUUCAAAUGUUUUGUACAGCUAAUUUAACCAGUUGUUUCCUAAAUUUGUAUGUAGCAUUAAAAUUAUCAGUCACUCUUCCAAUUUCAAGUUGUAGUGUAGAGCGUUCAUUCUCAAAGUUAAAACUGAUCAAAACUAAACUUCGAACUUCCAUGCUACAGGAUAGGUUAGAAAACUUGAUGAAAAUCAGUUGUGAAAAAGACUUAAAUCCAAUAGUAGACAAUAUAAUUUUAUCGCUAGCUGGAAAAAGUUCCAGCUUAUGUAAAGCAUUAGUGUAUUAA